CCGGGCGUCAGUGACUUCGCGUCCGCCGAUCCGAUCGGAUCCUCUCCAAGAGAUGCGGGGCGCAUCCUUCCGCGGAAAGCCAGAGAUCAUAGAAGUUACGCAUUGCUCUCGAAAUUUGGACCAUUCGAUUUCGUCAUCUUUCGGAAAUCAACGCCAAAUGUGUGCGACCACCGCGAUGCAUCGCGACCUCGGCCGACAAGGUGUCUGAGGGAUAUCCCCGCGGGACCUCUCUACCUCCUUCUUUACCUCGUCUUCCCUCGCGGUAUACGGUAGGUCCUGUUCGGAGGCUACCAGGAUGCAGCUCAGACCCAGUUAUCGAGGAGUCCGAAGGCACCCCGCGGCUUGCAUGCACGGUAUAAAGCAAUAAAAGCGUCCACGCCACGAGAUAUAUCUCGCGAGGUCCGCGUAAGAAACGGCGAAAGAAAGCCGACUGCACCGGUAAAUCAUAAACGCCACGGGGAUCGAACUGCGGGAGAUAACUGCCUUCGCAUAAGGAGAGAUAGAGAGAAAGAGAGGAGCCAGCGGCUCGGUUAGUCAAGCGGGAUCCAUCAUUCGAUUGCGCGCCCAUCGAAUCCAUCUAUCCUCGGACGCCUUGGCAACGCUAACGAAAACGAAACAGCCCGGAAGAGGAGCCUCAUCGUCGUUCAUCAUCGGGAAUAGGACGUCCGGAAGAUACCUCGUGCAGAGAAGCGGAUAUUCAUCGCUUGCUCGCCGGUGUAAACCAUCUCUCGCGGAUAUAUUAUCGAUAGAUCCCGAUAAUUUUCCUAUAAGAAGAUACCUGUGCAUGGACCUUCUUCAAACGUCGAUGAUCAUCGCGGAUAUCCGCGAUCGUAAUAGUUUUGCCGCUAAAGAAAGAUACGUUACUCAUCCGCGCUCGAUGUUUACAAUCGCGAGAAUAUUAUCGAUAAAUCGUGAUAGGUUUUAAAUUGUAACGCGCACACGCUACUGCUCCGACUGAUAACAGAUGACUUGUUGCACGUGUGAAAAGUGUAACAUAAAGUGGCAAAUCUGUAAGCGGAUCAAUCACCUUGACAGUGCCGAGGAAAAAUCGACUAGGUGUUUCACAAUCCUCGAUUUCACUGCGCGCUGUUGCCUCGGGUAACAGUUUAGUGUCUAGUGAAGCAAGUUUCAUUUUGUUUAUUCAUCUCCUAGAUGUAAUAUCCACUGCGAAUGAACUUUUGCUCAAAAAAAUAGACGUAACGAUUAUUUAACUCAUCGUGUAUAUUAUUUCAUUUCUUUCUCAGUUGCAAUUUGCGAAAGAAAUCUCUUGCGUGGCGCAAAAUGUCAAAAAUAAUCAAUACUGGAAGGAUUAAUGUCACUAUCAUUGUGCCGCGAGAUGGAAAGUGACAGCUGCCGUGCCGCGGCGGAGUGACAUAAUUGAAGAAGAAGAAAGUACGUUCGAGUAUCCGUUAUUAAACGGUAAUGAACGGGCAUCGGGAGAGGAGUAAAAAUGCUCUCGAAAGCAAGCGUCGCGCUCGCUCCGCCACUACGAGGAUUAAAUGACGUUACGAGUUUUCCGACCUCAUUCUGAAUAGGAUUAUCCCGUUCGAGAAUCAACCUUGUCUUCUGAUAUCUCGUCAUUUAUCGGACUACAUAUUUGUCUCAAUGUUUUCGAAAAUCGUUCGCGAAGUGACACUAUUCCAAGAUGUGUGAGAUCAUGUCAUCGAACGGUGAAUUCUCGACGAUGUCCAGCGAAGAAAUGCCUUCGCUGCCCAAGUCCCUCCCGAGCUCGAGGGAGGCGACCGCCGAGGGUGGUUCCGGCUCCGACGGCGGAUACAUGCCGCUACGGGAGUUCCUGGAUCGAUUCUCAUUACCACGGGUUGUCAGACUCGAGGGCACCGGCGGCAGACCGGUGCUCCUGUACAAGCAGCAGCAACGAUCGCUAAGAGUCACAGCGAGCCUGCUAAUGCACCGGUACCGACAUGACGUCAAAGUGGGACCGGAGAUCGUCAUUCCGGAAGGUUAUCCAGGAUGGUUUUCUGUGAUAUCUGGCAACAGCACGACGGGCAGUGCACGUGUUUAUCGAAAGGUGGAUUCUUUGGUGAAAACAGGGAUACCGGUGUUUCUGCUUGCGACGCCUUUAAGAGCUUAUACGUUGACACAUACAAAAAUGGAGAACGGAAAUCUGCGUGCCCAUUACACGAAAACGACGAUCAGAGCCGGCGAGAUAUUGCGACUCGUAGCUGUGUUCCAGGAUACGAGAAGAUACAACUCGGUCUCCUUCGGAAUUUCCGGUGGAUAUCCCGAAAAGGAUCAAUACGCGCAAUGCAUCGACCUUCAUGGACGAGAGGUAUUCGCCUCGCUAUCGACCAGAGGCGAGUUUUACGCGAUCUGUCAAAACGGAAGCAUCGAUACCGGAAGUGACGCGGUACUUUACAAGGUUCAUCAUCUCGUCAAGAGGCAGUUGCCUCUCAGAGUACGGUUGAUAGCAGGACCGCUACCGGUGCCGUUGCCAAAGGAAUACGGCGGUCUAAUGCAGCUGGAAACAUCGACGCGAGGUCCAAUAGUUUUGGGCUGCAUAGUUCCAGAGAGACCGGUACAUAAUCCAGAAAUGCUCGAGUUGGUUGUAUCCGGUAACGGUGCGCCAAGAGUACGAAGGGCAAGAUUGGGUUACCCUUCGGAAGCAAGAUUGCUGGCCUCCCCGAAAAUUCAACGAUUACUAUCAGCUUGCAGUCGAGCGGUCGGAGAUCGCGCAACUGAACCACGAGUGGCGCCCGUAAAAUUGCAUCCAACACCUGAGAGUUUGAAGGAGAUGCAUCUGAAGAAGAUCAAGCCGAAGUCGGAGACUAAGCCGAUUUUGCAAAGUUUGAAAGAUGGGCUAGAACACCUGAAGCGGAAUACGGCGAAGGAACGAAAUCAACAGACGAAACAGAGCAACGGAAAUGGCAUUCUCGAGAGAUUCUCGAAACUCGCUCAGAGCAACAAAAAUCGCAAUCCCGCGAAGAAAUCGGCCUCGUUCACGUUUGCGGUGAGGCCGGAGAUAGCCAUGAGAUCUCAGGAACGUUACUCCAGUCUGGAACCAGAAGCUACCUCUCAUCAGACCCGUCAAAAUCAAAACGCCAAGCAACCGGUACAAAGAUCCGUGUCGACCAGCGUGUUGGAAGUACCGGCGUGCGUCGAGUUGCAGCCCAACUAUUCCCGUGUGAGGGACAGUCUGACACCAUUGCCGUCACCACCGAAGCUGGUCAGGACCAACAAUAAAAACGAAGAGAUCUACGCCGAGAUCUGCGAUACCACGAUAGUAAACCAGGUGCAAAAAUGUCCAGGAAGCCACGUGAUGGCGCGAAUCAGGAUCGUUGUGCAGGGCCAUGACUCGUCCUUAGAAACGCGCAAUGUGAUCGACAACGAGAGAUAUGCGAACUCGAUGGUGAUGAGUGAGCAGAUCGAUUCUAUUAUCAGUACGGAGGAUGAAGUGAUUUAUAACACCGUAUUCUGAGAUUAUCGGAUUAUAUAAAUCGCGUUUAUGAUGCUUAUAAUCAUACGAAAGUGAACGAAAAGGAAAUUUAAUUAUAACUUGGAGUAAUGAAAUUUUUAAAGUGUAGGCAAACCGGCUGUGUUCAUCGAUCGACUUUCUAUUCGCUGUUUCGAGGAAUGUAUUAUAUUACAUAAGCAUAUGCGUAUUAAGAAAACAUGUACGAAUGGUUUUGCAAAAAAAUGCAAAAACCUGUACAUACCUUUGCCAUAUAUUAAUGUACUAACAAUUAGAAAGGAAACAUAUAUGUAU